UCUCCUGCUGAUGUCUGUCCGCGUCCGAUGGUCCAGCGGUCAGCUCCUUCUUCAGCUCAGUGAGCCAUCAUGGCGGAGGAGGGCGGCGGUCUGACGGGGCGGCUGGAGGCGGCUGGAGGCGGCCUGUGCUGGCUGUCGGUGCUGUCCUGCCUGCUGCUCGCCUGCUCCUAUGUUGGCAGCCUGUAUGUGUGGAGGAGCGACCUGCCCAGGGAUCAUCCUGCGGUGAUAAAGAGGCGCUUCACCAGCGUCCUGAUCGUGUCGGGCCUCUCGCCUCUGUUUGUCUGCUGCUGGAGAGAAUUCACAGCCGUCAGGACUGCAGCGCCGCUGUUUUCUCUCCUGGGGAUCCGGCUGGAAGGUUUCAUCCCUGCCAUCGUCCUUCCUCUGCUGCUCACCAUGGUCCUGUUUCUCGGCCCGCUCAUGCAGCUCGCCAUGGACUGUCCCUGGAGCUUGAUGGACGGGAUCGGCGUGGCGCUCGACCCCUGCUUCUGGACGCUGUGCUUCAGCGACAUGCGCUGGCUGAGGAACCAGGUGGUGGCGCCGCUGACGGAGGAGCUGGUGUUCAGAGCCUGCAUGCUGCCCAUGCUGGUGCCGUGCGCCGGCCCCUUGACUGCCAUCUUCACCUGCCCGCUGUUCUUUGGAGUCGCUCACUUCCACCACGUCAUCGAGCUGCUGCGGUUCAGGCAGGCCACGCUGUCGGGGAUCCUCCUCUCUGCAGUCUUUCAGUUCUCCUACACGGCGGUUUUUGGAGCUUACACGGCCUUCAUCUUCAUCAGAACCGGCCACCUGAUUGGACCGGUUCUGUGCCACUCCUUCUGUAACUACAUGGGUUUCCCGGCCAUCAGCAGCGCCCUGGAGCACCCGCGCCGCCUCAUCAUCCUAUCCUCCUACCUGCUGGGAGUGGUGCUCUUCUUCCUGUUGCUCUUCCCGUUAACCGACCCGUCCUUCUACGGCUUCCCUACUCCGGUCUGUAGCCUCGCCUCCUCCUCCAGCUCCCUCUGCUCCUCCUGACCUUCUGAUGAUCAAACAUCUUCUUAUUUAUGGUGAAACGAGUCCGUCCUGUUUGAAGGGCGACUCGCCGACUUUAUGGACGGAAACCAUCUUCAUGUCAGAGUCUUUUUCUUUACAUUUAUCCUUUAAAAAAUAGAGAAAAAAAACUUGGUUUAAUGUUUUUAUUUGGUUCCACUGAAUCAAAACCGGUAAAAACUUUUAUGUGGAUCAUUUUUUUUCUUCUUCUAGUGUUUUUAUUCUGCAUCUUUUAGCUCUGUGAACCAAUCAGAUUCCUCGUCUGCUGGAGACGUGAAGGAAGUUUAAUGCUGGGAUGUUUCCGGCUGCGAUGAAGCCGUUUAUCCCUCAGACUGAACCACGGCGAUGCGGCAGGAAGCUGUCGCCGCUCUGGAGGCAAAACUUCCUGUCAGAUGAUUCAUUUUAGCUUUUUUAUUUUCUUAAUCAGAGGUUUUUGGUAUGACUACAACCACAUGGCAAUAAAUGAUCAUUUAUCCUUUACAGCUUAUAAAAGACAAAAAUAAGUUUCUUCCCAGAUCAGAGUGAGGAAGCCAUUUUAAUAUCUCUGUAAUGCUAUUGUCUCUAUGACCUUUGACCCCAGCAUUGACCUGAGACUGAUCCUUCACCUCCUGCUCCUCUGAGCUGCUCUUCUCUGAUUGGGUCAUGUGACCCAGAGCAGUCUGUAACACCAGAGCUAGCUAUGCUAACAGCUGUUAGCUCUGAUGGAGGAAUACUAUGGCGUCACAUUUGGUCCAAAAAUGGCUGCGAGCAAAAUAAACAUACUGGCUUGUAUGUUAAACUACUUCUGCGCUUUGUUUAUCUACCACUGAAAUCAAACGUGUGAGAAACUGCUGAGAAAAUCGUUCUCCGCGCGCGCUAGCUCCUCCCACUCGGGAUGGCGCUCGGGCCUUGCAGGCACGAUCACACGGGAAGUAGUGUCACGAAGCCUUUGACUGACAGCUCGUUAUCCAUAAGGGAAGACGACGGCUGGAGGCGGGUAACGUUUGCGCUACGUGUGGUCAGUGGCUAGCGUCGUUCAUGGGCUUCCUGACACUACUUGAUCGUGUCUGCAAGGCCCAAUCAGGAGGAGGCUUACAGAAGAUGUUUGUCUCCGCCCAACUUAGCAAAACUUGCAGCGUGACCGCGGGAUAGAAAAUGGUGCAUGCGUGGGAGGAGCCGCCGCGCGCGGAGAGGGUGUGGCAGUUUCCUGCUCAUUUGCGAUUUUGUUGUGCGGUGGUAGAUAAACCAUGUGUAAUUUAACAUAUGCGUUUUUUGAAAUAAAUGUGACGCCAUAGCUUUAAUCCAGAGGCUGAAUGUUUCCUCGUCUUUAGCAGGAACCGGUCCAAACCGGUCUGAUACCAGAACCAGAACACAGACUGGCUCAUUUAGAGACAAAGCUUUGCUAAACAUUGAAGUAACAAGGCUAGCGCCCCCUAGUGGUCAAAGGUUGCACAGUGUUUCCUAAACCCAACAAAUGAUCUUUAAAGUUCUUGAACAUGAUUGGAUUAGAACUCUUUGAGUUAUUUUAGAUCGUUAAGCUGUUUAACUUUCUGCACAAACAGUUUAUCAUCUCAGAUUUAUUUCUUUACUUUAUGCUGAAGCUUCUCUGACACUUUGUGCUGCUCAGAAUUUGCUUUUUGCCGUUUUCCUCUUUAAAGUGAUUGUUUAUGUUACCAUUAAUCUUUUCAGUUUAUUUUUCCAAACCAACUUUUCUGCUGUUUUGAUUGAGAGACGAGUUUAAAGGAGAAAACAUCGGAGUUAGCAAACAUUGAAGCAGCAAAGGCAGCUAAAAGCAGGGAAUGCUAGUUUCCUACAGAACCUAAACUAGUUGUUUACGUAGAGCUAAUCCACAUAGAACUGCACAGAGAUGAUCCAGUCAGAUCAUCCGGAUUGGUUAAAAGCAAUUGAUUCUGUCAGAUACGGUGUUAAUUCAUCACAUGAUGGCGUGGAUUCCUAAUUAACCUUAAAUGUAAAUAUUUCAGUUAAUCAAUCAACUAAUUUAUCUACAGUUUUCAUUUUAUUCCAGAUUUUAAUUUUAAUACAAACCGUUCAUCGGGGAACGAUUUACCGAGGCCAUGUUAGCCGCUGAUCGCUGCCUGUGGUGCGAUCUUAUGGAUGCCAAGGGCCCCACGGUGAGCCGGUUCUCUACGCCGCUGCCUUUAAUAUUUACAGGUUAACAUCCGUUUAUCGUCUCUCUUUAAUAUCAGCGCAGCAGGACUCUGUUAUUCAGCUGCUCCACCACCUGCUGUUAGAUCCAGGGAGGUUUUCCAGAACUUUUUAUGAUAGAAAUCACACUGUGACACAUGUACUGUGAUGCGUAUCGUAUCGCCAGAUUUUCACCACUUCACAUCCCUACUUAAGUUUUCCAGCUAAGGAAUCUGCAUCCGGUCUCGCCUCCUGGAUGAGAAUGUGUUCGGCUGCAUCGUGUCGUUUAAAGCAGUCCCUCAAACCAAGCAUGCAGCGACGGUGGGGAGGAACCAGAACCAGGCUCAGUGGGUGCAGCAUCCUGCCUCUGAUUGGGGGGUUUUGGGCAGAAACGCAAAAGAAAGACGCAAGCGCUGAUUUUUGUUUGCUGUAGUUUCAUCUAGAAAAGCGAACUAAGCAGAUUAAUUAUAAUCUUGCGUUAAAACCAAAAACUAUUUGAGCGUAAAAAGGCGUCGUUGGUAAACUAGGACGUGGAGCUGCUCUGUUCUCCUCCUUGGAUUCCGGAGGGUAGCUUGGCUUUAAUUGCUUUGAUAAGGAGAAAAAAAAGGAGCUCAAAAAUGUUUCAGUGGAGUCGGUGACAGCGGCAGAGCUCUGCACAACAGCAGGAGCAGUGCUGGUUAUUCCCAGCUGUGUGAUGCCUGCAGAGACCAUCGCCUGCAUGUAGUUGUUACGUUCAUAAAAGAGAAACUGAGUCCACACAGAAGAGGGAUUUUUAACAGCUUCUGCAGAAGGAGAGAGCUACGUUCAGCUACAUCUACUCUCUGAUGGGCUUCCUCAGCAGGAGCCUUUUUAUUAGCAGAUCAUAACACAUGGGGUGGGUUACAGAACAGUGUGUUCUUCUGACAAGGCGAUUGAUCAGGUCACAGGACAGAAUGCUCCUCUGAUUGAAUCACAGAACAGAGUGGUCUCCUGAUAACUGUGAUUAGCCGUGAACAAACAUCAGCAGUUUUCUACCACCGUUGCAUGACAGUUUGCAGUAAACAGAGUGAAGCGUCUUAUUUCUCCAAUGUUCCAUAUGCACACACUUUAUAAUCAUCAUUGAUAAACCUGACAGUAGUAUCUCUCUCCCAGACAGCUGCUGGAUCAGCUUCUCUGAUUGUUGAUACUCAGCGUCCAACUGCAAUAGUUCAGUUUCCCCAAUUUCAGCGUCCAAUGACAACGGCACGCUCAUAACGCGUUGAUCUAGAAAUACUGCAAGACUUCCUGCUCCUGACAUUCGAUUCGUGCCGCUAGACCAAUUCAAGGCCAUCAUCCAUAGACCUUCCAUGUGAACUAGAGGUCUGUAGUGUUAGACUAAACCAUUAAACAUCCAGUUUAAUCCAGACAAAAGUUAGAAGUUAACGACUGAUGCUAACGAUGGUCACACUGACAUCUUAGUCAGAUUGAAAUGUAUUCUGAUUAAAAAACAAGAGAGGAUCAGAUUCCAGCGUUUUUUAUGGUCACUAUAACCCAUCAUCCCCCCCAAAAAAUCCUGCCAAAAUCGUAUGGAAACAAUCAAUCUGACAUUUCCCCGUGAUGGUUUUAAGUCUGAUUGGCUAUUUACUCUGAUUACUUAUAGCAAACCUAGCUAAUCGUAUAGCUGAACAGGUGGUCAGGCCAAUUAAAACACAGGUCACCUAGUUUAAGGUCAGGUAAUAGUUGGAGAAGUCAGUCCUUAAACAAAAAUAUUUAGAAAAUAUUUGAUUGUAGCAAUCAAAGGGAGCGUCUGACUGGAAAAUCCUCCCUCAAGGUCAACUCUGAUGGAAAAGAGACGAGGAAAGGAACAAAACAUAAG